GCGCGGCCUCGUCCCGCGGUCCCUGCCCUGGGGACUCUGACCCCGCGGGCCGGCCAGGGGAGCUGAGGCGGGCGGUGACGAGCAGCCCCACAGCCGAGCGAGCGAGGAGCCGAACAGGAUGGAUCCCACUUUGGAGCUGGCAGAUGACCCCAGGUUCUCCCUCCCUUUGGUGGAGAUGCUGAUCAAGAACUUCAGCGUGCCGGCAGCCUGCUUCUCCCUGCCGCCCACCUCCCGGCAGCUGCUGCACCAGCUGGACAUAGCCCAACUCAUCAUCCUGGGCCUCUGCACCAUCAUGACACUGCUGUCAGUUGUGAUCUAUGUGGAAGAGGUUUCGUACCUCUUCCGCAAGAUCCGCUGCCCUAUCAAGAUGAAGACCCUCUGCUGGAGCAGCUCAGCCCCUACGGUUGUGUCAGUGGUCAGCUGCUUCGGCCUGUGGUUCCCGCGCUCCAUGAUGGUGGUGGAGAUGGCUACCACAGCGUACUUUGCUGUCUGCUUCUACCUGCUAAUGCUGGUCAUGGUGGAGGGCUUUGGGGGCAAGGAAGCGCUGCUCAGCACCCUGAAGGAUGUGUCCAUGGUGAUCAGCACUGGGCCGUGCUGCUGCUGUUGCCCCUGCCUGCCCCGAAUCACCAUGAGCAGGAAAAAGCUUAAACUGAUGAUCCUGGGGACUUUCCAGUAUGCCUUCUUCAGGGCAGUCGCUGUCUUCCUGGGGCUGAUCCUGGCUGCUGAUGGGAAUUACAACCCUGCUGACAUUUCAGCAGAAAGUGUGGCCCUCUGGAUCAACACCUUGGUUGGUGUCUCCACCCUCUUUGGGCUGUGGGCCCUGGGCAUCCUCUUCCGGCAGGCCCGGCUGCACCUGGCUGAGCAGAACAUGCAGGCCAAGUUCACCUGUUUCCAGCUCCUGCUCCUCCUGACGGCGCUCCAGCCUGCCAUCUUCAGCAUCCUGGCCAACAGUGGCAGCAUCGCUUGCUCACCGCCCUUCUCCUCCAAGGCCAGGUCACAGCAGAUGAAUAUGCAGCUGUUGAUCCCACAGACCUUCAUCCUGGCGGUGCUGACGCGGAUGUACUACCGCAAGCAGGAUGACAAGCCUGGCUACCAUCCCGUCAGCUUCGCACCCGCCGGCACCGACGUCAAGGCGUGAGCAGGAAGGAGAGACUGGGGGGGCCAACGGGCACAGUGGGGUGAGGGGCUGGUCUACCCUGCACAACCUUCUCCUCCCCUGACCCUGGGGAGCUGCUGGCAGCAGAAGAGGGAGAAGGGGAAAGAGCAUCUUGGGACAGAAUGAAAAAAUCCAUAAGCCAAGGUGGUCCAUGGAGCCACCUCCAGCCUGGAGAUUUUUGUCUAGCACUGAGUAAAGAUAAAUUUUUACUGGA